UCGAAAGCCACAGUGGCAAGAUGGUGGCCACCAGAAGAGGAACACGCGCGGGCUCCCCGGUGAAAAACACCAGCGAUGAAAACUCUGGAAACACUACGCAGUCUACUCCUUCGACCAGAAGAACUCGACGCAAGACGCUGACGGAGGAAAAUCAGUCCCAGUCUGAUUCCCAGCCAGAUGAGCCGAAGGAUGACAGUACUGCCUCUUCCCUAGCAAGUCCACCUAAGAAAGACACUAGAAGAUCCACACGUCUCACUGUUAACAAAAAGCACCCAGACUCUACUCAUGAAGCGGAUGUUUCUGAAUCAGAAUCCUGCUGCUCCGUAGCUUCCGGUGUACAGCCCACACCUAGAACCCGCCGGAGAACUGCAGUCAGAGAGAAGCGCACCAUUGAAGAGGCGUCUGAAGCUGAAUCCUGCUCGUCAGCAGCGUCAGCGACCCAUUCCCGCACUGCCCCACGAAGCCUCAGAAAACGAGUUUUGACUUCAGCAUCUGCAAAAGAUGCAGAUGCCUCCGGGGCUGAGUCUUGCAGUUCUGCCGUGUCACUCACCAAAGGUACGGACACUCAACGGAUGACAAGGAGCCAUCAAAAAACUGCUGUUCCCAUUAGAGAAGCAGAUCAGUCUGAACCAGAAUCAUGCUCCUCCAGUGUUUCUGGCCUUCGUGGAUCUGUGGUGCGCAGAUCUACACGAAACCAGAAGGUGACAGUGACCGAGCCGAUCCCUAUGAACUUGGAAGAAACCACAGAUGCCCCUUCUUCUCCAGUGUCCAGGAAGCCAAGAGGGCGUAGGCGAAAAACAGGAGUUAAUGAUGAUGAGUCUGAUGGAUGCAAGUCUGGUCCCAGCAUGAGUCCCUGGAGAUCCCUUAGGCGCCAGCCAAAAGGUGACACCAUAGUUGGCGAAUCUGAUUCCGAAUCGGUAGCUACUGACAUCUGCACCUCUCAUGGGAGCCCGAGCCCUCAAAGAGGAAGAGGAACACCUUGUAGUAGCCGAACUGGGUCUGCAAGCAGUAAUCGUGCUGUUCCUGUAAGCAGGACGAGAAGUAAAGCUAAAGUGUUUACUGCUGCCAUGUCUGAGGAACAAAAUGAAGAUGAGCAACUUGAAACUCAUCAUGAAGGUAUUCAAGCACCUGAAGAACAACUGGAUCAAACCAUGACCAUGGAAACCGUUGAAGCUCAAAAGUGCACCAUUAAUGAGGAGGGAGCUGAAGAUACUACUAUAGUUCAGGAUGAGCCUGUUGAGAUGCUGAAAGUUCAAAGCAAUUCGCAAGAAGUUGGGGAUCAUGGAACUGAAACAAAAGAAUCAGGAACUGAAACUUCAUUAAAAGAAGCAGGGUUUGCGGAAACACAUUCAGAGUCUAUGGUAGAAGUCCCAGAGAAGGUUGAGAAAGCCUUUGACAAUCAAACAUGUGCUGUGCCUGAAAAAACUGAAUCCAACCAAAAAGAUACAGCCAUGGUUAAGGAGAUGGCUGAAGUUCAAACAUGUUCUGAACCUGCAAAAGAGGAAACCACUCAAGAAGCUUCAGUCAAGGUUGAAGAGAAUGCAGAGGUUCAAACAUCAUCAGAGUCCUCAAAAGAGGAAACCAUCCAAACAAAUGUAGUCCUGAUUGAGGAGGUUGCUGAGGAUCAAUCAUCACCUGAACCAGCGGAAGAGGUAAAAGCCACUCAAGAAGAUCCAGAACCAGCUCUGAUUGAGAAGAAGAAAGGUGUAACUGUUACAGAGGAAUCAAAUGAAUUGAUUAAAACAACUGAUGAUGACUCUGAUGCUGGCCCUUCUACAAGCUCACAUACUCGAGUAGAUUUGAGCACCGCACAAGAAUCAUCUAAGGAGCGUUCUGCUCAAAAGGAAAUGAUCAGUUUACUGGACAGCAGUGAGGAUGAGGAUAGUGGUGACGAAGGUCUGUCUGCAGAAGAAGAGGGUGGUUCACAGGAAGAUGAAGAUGAUUUAAUUUGUCCUGAUAAUGAACCGAUGCCAGAAGAAGCAGAGGCUCAUGGUAAUGGACUGUUUGUCAUAGACACUAGACCUGGGCUACGACCUGAAGACCAGUACUAUGUGGAUGCCAAGCAAACUGAGGAAGAGGAUGAAGAGGAGGACUAUGUUGAUGAGGAAGGAGAUGAUGAGGAUGAUGAAGAUUCAAAGGUUCUUUUUGCUCCCAAAAAGCCUCUGAUGCAACUCUCUACUUCCAUUGACACAGGUUUGAAAUUGAAGGAGCUUGGUGGUCUGUACGUCAGUUUUGAUGGCAACAAACCAAAGACUCUUUCCAGGGUUUUGAAGGCCCAGAAGGACGUGGAUGGUCAGGAUGAGGUAUUGUUAAAGAAGAGUGUUAUCGUUCCGGGUUUUGAGAAGAAAGAUGCUGUGCCACCAUGCAAGGAAUCAAAGCACGCAGCUAAACUCAAACGCAAGGCCGAAAGAGAAAAGACGACUGGCGAUGGCUGGUUCAACAUGAGAGCUCCUGAAUUAACAGAGGAGCUGAAAAAUGACCUGAAGGCACUGAAGAUGCGUGCAGCCAUGGACCCCAAGCGCUUCUACAAGAAGAACGAUAGAGAAGGUUUUCCAAAGUACUUUCAGAUUGGUACAGUGGUUGACAGCCCUGUGGACUUUUAUAAUUCACGAAUGCCUAAGAAACAAAGGAAACGUACCAUUGUUGAGGAGCUUCUUGCUGAUGCUGAGUUUAGAAGCUCAAAUAAAAGGAGAUAUCAAGAGAUCAUGGCAGAAAAAGCAGCACAGGCCGCUGGCAAGCAGCACAGAAAGAAGCACACCAAGUUCUCUAAGAAAACAAAUAAAUAAUUUCAGGCAAAUCAGAUUUUUUUUCCCCUCUUUGUUUUUUUUUUUUUUUAAUUUUCAAAAAUAACAGAAAUUGUCAAGCCUUUGUAAAUAAAAGGCCAGUAUAUUUUGUUUCAGUAAAUUUCUGAAGGCUAUUUUGGUUAUAAUGUGCAACUUGUACAGAGAAUUAAAAAAGAUUUUAUACUUUUUAAAGCUUGAUUUUCACUUGGGAUUACAUCAAGAACAUCUGUCUGGGUGUGGAUUCACAAUAAAUCUUCCAAUACUAA